AUCCUCAGUACUGGCGAGAGCGGUGGUAAACAUGGCGUCGGAAGGGAUGAUUUUAACCAACCACGACCACCAAAUACGAGUUGGAAUUCUAACGGUGAGUGACAGCUGCUUCAGGAACCUGGCUGAGGACCGCAGUGGAGUAAACCUCAAAGAUCUGGUCCACGACCCAUCACUGCUUGGAGGCGUCAUAUCUUCCUACAAAAUAGUCCCAGAUGAGAUUGAUGAGAUUAAGGAGACAUUGGUGGACUGGUGUGAUGAGAAGGAGCUGAACCUGAUUCUGACCACCGGAGGAACAGGGUUCGCCCCCCGUGAUGUCACGCCCGAGGUACAUGGGGACCCCAAAGUUUGUGUUUGUGUCCAUGCCACCAAAGAGGUGAUAGAGCGCGAGGCUCCAGGGAUGGCCCUGGCUAUGCUGAUGGGCUCCCUUCAGGUCACACCUCUGGGCAUGCUCUCCAGGCCUGUCUGUGGAAUCAGAGGCAAAACCCUCAUCAUCAACCUACCUGGCAGCAAGAAGGGCUCACAGGAGUGUUUCCAGUUCAUCCUUCCAGCUCUGCCCCACGCCAUUGACCUGCUGAGGGAUGCGGUUGUGAAGGUGAAGGACAUCCAUGAGGCUCUGGAGGACCUGCCCUCACCCCCACCGCCCCUCUCCCCACCCCUCACCCUCAACAGCAUUGCCUGCACCCAGACAGAGGACAAGGGUGUGCAGUGUGAGGAUGAUGAUGAUGAUGAUGAGGAUGAUGAGAAGAUGAAGGACAGAUGCUUGGUGUCCACCGAGGACCACCACGCCCACCACCACCACCACACCCACUCCCACUCCCACUCCCACGGACACAACUCACACAUCACCGCCGCCGCCAUCGCUGCCAAGAAGGGGAAGCCCCAGCACCAUAACCAUGCUGUUGUCAUGGCUAAAGGUAGCCACUAUCUACCUGGUCUGGUAUCUAACCUCCCCCCUGCCCCACCUCAUUACACCUGCUCCUGCUCUGGAGACCAGCCGGUAACGAUCCCAGACAGCAUAAUCUCUAGGGGUGUGCAGGUUCUUCCCAGAGACACAACUUCUCUGAGCACCACGCCCUCCGAGUCGCCACGCGCCCAGGCCACCUCGCGCCUCUCCACUGCCUCCUGCCCCACACCCAAAGCCCGGCUCCCCUCCUGCUCAUCCACUUAUAGUGUCUCAGAGGUUCAGUCACGGUGUGGCAGCAAAGAGAACAUCCUGAGAGCUAGUCACAGUGCAGUGGACAUCACCAAGGUGGCUCGCCGGCACCGCAUGUCUCCCUUCCCCCUCACCUCCAUGGAUAAGGCCUUCAUCACUGUACUGGAGAUGACCCCUGUGCUCGGCACCGAGAUCAUCAACUACAGAGCUGUUCCACCUGACCCAGAUGCUCUCCAUUCCACCCUGUCUAUCGAUGGGAUGGGUCGAGUCUUAGCUCAGGACGUCUAUGCCAAAGACAACCUGCCUCCGUUCCCUGCAUCAGUCAAAGAUGGUUACGCCGUGCGAGCGGCCGACGGUCCUGGAGAUCGCUUCAUCAUUGGGGAGUCACAGGCAGGACAGCAGCCGACCCACACAGUGAUGCCGGGUCAGGUGAUGAGGGUGACAACGGGGGCUCCUGUCCCCUGUGGGGCAGAUGCUGUAGUGCAGGUGGAGGACACAGAGCUGCUUCGAGAGUCUGACGACGGCACAGAAGAGCUGGAGGUGCGGAUCUUGGUACAGGCACGCCCUGGACAGGACAUCAGGCCUAUAGGUCAUGAUAUAAAGCGUGGGGAAUGUGUCCUGUCCAAGGGUACCCACAUGGGCCCUUCUGAGAUUGGCCUGCUGGCCACCGUAGGAGUCACUGAGGUGGAGGUGCAGAAGUUCCCAGUGGUGGCUGUCAUGUCAACUGGCAACGAGCUGUUGAACCCAGAGGAUGACCUGCACCCAGGGAAGAUCAGGGACAGUAACAGAUCUACACUGCUGGCCACCAUUCAGGAACAUGGCUACCCUACCAUCAACUUGGGCAUCGUCGGAGACAACCCAGACGACCUCCUUAAUGCCCUGAACGAGGGGAUCAGCCGUGCUGACGUCAUCAUCACCUCAGGAGGUGUGUCCAUGGGAGAGAAGGACUAUCUGAAGCAGGUGCUUGACAUUGACCUCCAUGCCCAGAUCCAUUUUGGACGCGUCUUUAUGAAGCCAGGUCUCCCCACCACGUUCGCCACUGUGGACAUUGACGGGGCACGGAAACUGAUAUUUGCCCUACCAGGUAAUUUCACCUUCAGAGACACAGGUGCCAUUUUCAUCGACCAUGUCCCCGACAGUGAGGCAAGCAGGGUGCCUGUGCCACCGCGCGGAAGUAACCCAGUGUCUGCGGUCGUCACCUGUAACCUCUUCGUCAUCCCUGCUCUAAGGAAGAUGCAGGGGAUCCUGGACCCUCGGCCCACCAUCAUCAAAGCCAGGCUUUCCUGUGAUGUAAAGUUGGACCCUCGUCCAGAGUACCACCGCUGCAUCCUGACAUGGCACCACCAGGAGCCUCUGCCAUGGGCACAGAGCACAGGAAAUCAGAUGAGUAGUCGACUGAUGAGCAUGAGGAGUGCCAACGGGCUGCUGAUGUUGCCUCCUAAAACAGAGCAAUACGUGGAGCUACAUAAAGGAGAGGUUGUGGACGUGAUGGUCAUAGGACGACUAUGAUGAUGUCAUCUUACGGGGACAGAUAGAUAGACAGGGAGAGAAAGUGGUGCAUGUCCACAUAUCAUAACUAUUCUGUAAUAUGCAAUGGCACAGCUAGUUUUUGUUGAUUUGAAGUUCAUCAAGUAUAAUUAACCAACAUCUGGAACACAAAGUAAAUGAAGUACAUACAUUGAUCAUGAAAUCUGAAUUUGAAAAGAUCAUUCUAUUUCAAAGAAAGACAAUGUUAUACCUUUUAAAGGUGAAAAAAAUAAGAGAUUUAUUCUGUAUUAUAUUAUUAUAAUUAUUAUUAUUACUAUUAUAUUGUCAUAUUAAGCAACUCUGUUUCUCUUUCAUCCUUGCAAUUGCUUUGUGUGUUCAACCCUAGACCUUAUAGAUUGAUAGCAGUAGCAUUUCAAUAACAAGCUGUAGGUGCUCAAAAAAAAAUACAAAUAAAUUACUAUUUUCUUAUCUCACAAAAAAAUGAUAGUAAAUACAUAUCUUCUUUUUGAACAGCGGAAACCCUUUUGAGAUAAUGUCAGAAGUCCCUCUUGGGGAACGUCCUGAUUCUCCACCCUUCUCCUGAAGUGUACACUUGCACACUCCCCGUCAUUUUUAAAGGCAUUGGAUUGGUGAAGGUAGGCAUUGACUGGAGGGAGUUUCCACCAGGACUAGAUCCAUGCAGGAAUAGAGUGAAGAAUCAGGAUGUAGCCUUGGUGCUCUGUCUUAUUAGGAGUGUUUUCAGGGUCCUGAGGGUGCCUUUAGCUAUCUUUCCCCUCCCUUUAGUAUUCUUCUUCUCUUCUAUGCCUCAUUAUAUGGGCUUUAUAAUGCCUCAUAAUGGCUUCACACACAGCUUUGCUUGUUGUUUUUCUUGUGAGUCGUGUUUGUGUGCAGUUGCCAAAAGUGGUGGGUAUCUUGGGCCAAAAGUCAUAGGGUCAUCAUGAUGAGACCUGGGCCUGUAUUCAUAAAGUGGCUCGGAGUAGUGAUCUAGGACCAGGUCCCCACGUCUAUAUAAUCUUAUUCAUUAUGAUAAACUGAUCCUAGAUCAGCACUCCUACUCCUUUAUGAUUACAGGCCUUGAAGGUGGAGAAAGGCAGCGAGUGGCCUGCCAGUGCCCCCUAGGCUGACUGUUUCCCCUAGCUGCCCCCCAGGCCCACUACUGUAGCUUCCCCUCCAGGCCCACAAGCUGCCCCCCAGGCACCCUAGCUGCCCCCUAGCUACCCCCCAGGCCCACUAACUUCCUUCCAGGCUGAUCAUUCCCCCUAGCUGCCCCCCAGUCCCAUUAGCUACCCCCCAGGCCCACUAACUUCCUUCCAGGCUGAUCGUUUCCCCUAGCUACCCCCAGGCCCACUAACUUCCUUCCAGGCUGAUCGUUCCCCCUAGCUGCCACACAGGCCCACUAACUUCCUUCCAGGCUGAUCAUUCCCCCUAGCUACCCCCAGGCCCACUAACUUCCUUCCAGGCUGAUCGUUCCCCCUAGCUGCCCCACUAGCUUCUUCAUAGUCUGACCUGGUCCUGAAGUCCCACCCAGAGACGUGUAUUCUUCCACA